AUUUCAUUACCAUUCACUCUUUCUUUUUUUUUUUUAUAUAUACAAUGUCAACUCUUACUUCUCGAGAUAACCUUGUUCAACGUCAUCCUACUGUUAUUGUCAAGACGACAGCCGAAUACAAAAAUAAUGUAACAGAAUGGAAACAACUCAUUGAUCAACUUGAAGAACGAUUACAAGAAGCUACCAAUGAAGGAAAACCAAAAAGUUUGGCUUUACAUAAAAAACGCGGUCAAUUAUCAGCUAGAGAACGAUUGGAUUUAUUAUUAGAUGAAGAUUCUCCUUUCUUAGAAUUGGCUGCUUUAGCUGGUUAUGAUCAAGAUGAUAUGACUUUAGGUGGAUCAGUGGUUACUGGUAUUGGACUUGUUAGUGGUGUACUCUGUGUUGUAUCAGCUCAUGUACCUACUAUGGCAGGUGGUGCUAUGAAUGAAACUUCAGCUUUGAAGGCAGGUCGUGUCCAUCAAAUCGCCAUGGCAAAUCGUUUACCUACCGUUACACUGGUUCAAUCUGCUGGUGCCAAUUUACAACAACAAUUCAAGGUUUUCCAUCGUGGUGGUGCUGGUUUUCGUAAUCAAGCAUUACAAUCAAAGGCAGGUAUACCUUCUUGUUGUGUAGUGUUUGGUAGUUCUACAGCUGGUGGCGCUUAUACUCCUGGUAUGAGUGAUUAUGUGAUCAUGGUCAAGAAACAAGCUCAAGUGUUCUUGGGUGGUCCUCCUUUGGUACAAAUGGCUACUGGUGAAAUCACCGAUGCUGAAAGUUUGGGUGGUGCUGAUAUGCAUUCUCGUGUAUCUGGCGUUAGUGAUCAAUUAGCCAACGAUGAAUAUGAUGGUAUCCGAAAAGCUCGUGAAUGGAUGGCCAAUCUCAAUUGGGAACAAAAAGGUCCUCUCCCUCCUAGACAUAUCUCUGGUCAAUAUGAAGAACCUUAUUAUGAUCCUGAGGAAUUGUUAGGCAUUGUUUCUGCUAAUAUUCGGAUUCCUUUUGAUGCUACUGAAGUGAUCAUUCGUAUAGUAGAUGGAUCUCGUUUCACUCCUUUCAAGCCUAAUUAUGGUGUUAAUUUGGUUUGUGGAUGGGCUUUUAUUCAAGGUAUUCCUGUCGGUAUUAUUGCCAAUAACAAUGUUAUCUUUACUCAAGAAUCAAACAAAGCUACUCAAUUCAUUCAAUUAUGUAAUAUCAAAAAUACACCAUUGAUCUAUUUACAAAAUAUCACUGGUUUCAUGGUUGGUAAGAGAUAUGAAGAAGAAGGCAUUGUCAAGGCUGGAUCAAGAUUCAUCAAUGCUGUCAGUAACUCCAAGGUACCUGCAAUCACUAUCAUGAUGGGUGCUUCCUAUGGUGCUGGUAACUAUGCCAUGAGUGGUCGUGCCUACGAACCUAGAUUCUUAUUCUCUUGGCCUAACUCUCGUUGUUCUGUGAUGGGUGCUGAACAAUUGACAGGUGUACUUGAUCUUGUAAUGCGACAAGGUGCUGCAAGAAUGGGAAAAAAGAUUGAUGAAGAACAAGCCAAUGAACGAAAAGCCAUGUUCCAAAUGUCUGUUGAAGCCGAAUCCGACGUUUAUUACACUUCAUCUCGUCUAUUGGAUGAUGGAAUUAUCUCUCCCACUCAAACACGUACUGUCAUCGGUUUUUGCUUGGCGGCAAUUUACAAUCAUGAAGUCCAAGGUGGUAAUCUAUAUGGCGUUAGUCGUAUGUAGUAUUAUUUAUUAGUAGAAAG